AUGGCUCAGAAAGUCGCUAUCAUCAUUUACUCCUUGUACCACCACGUCGCCACAUUGGCCGAGUCCGUCAAGAAGGGUGUCGAGGCUGCCGGCGGUCAGGCUGACAUCUACCAGAUUCCAGAGACUCUUUCUGCUGACGUUUUGCAGAAGUUGAGUGCUCCAGCUAGACCAGACUACCCAAUUGCUACCUUGGACACCUUGACCAGCUACGACGCUUUCUUGUUUGGUGUUCCAACCAGAUUCGGUAACUACCCAGCCCAGUGGAAGACUUUCUGGGACUCCACCGGUGGCUUGUGGGCUUCUGGUGCUUUGCACGGUAAGGCUGCUGGUUUCUUCGUUUCCACCGGUACUCCAGGUGGUGGUCAGGAAACCACCAUUGUCAACGCCUUGUCUGUGUUGGUCCACCACGGUAUCAUCUACGUGCCAUUGGGUUACGCCAAGGCUUUUGGCCAGAUCACCAACUUGGAGGAGGUGCACGGUUCCUCUCCAUACGGUGCCGGUAGUUUUGCUGGUGCCGAUGGCUCCAGACAGCCAUCCAGCUUGGAAUUGGACAUUGCCAAGAUCCAGGGCCAGUCUUUCUUCGAGACUGUCCAGAAGCUUUGA